AGACCGCAGCAGCGCCGCCGGCGCACUACAACUACAACACGAGCACGAGCACGAGGACUGUUGCACGGGGUGCUCCGACGGCGGGGCAAACCCGGUGGUUCAGCAGCAUCAAUGCGCGUCUCCAGUCCAAGGGUCCGAGGCAAGAAUUGGAGCGGUUAGAGAUCAAGGAUGCGAAGCCGGAGGAGGACGAGGAAGGGGUCUGUUCGUCCAAGGCCCAGAAGGGGGAGGACAAACUUGGGCAGGCGAUGACAAAGGGUAAACUGUUGACUACGCCGUCACGAUUGUUCAAGCUGCUCCUCCCGUUGUCGACCAAAUACCACCGUGACCACAAGGGUGAGUCUCAGAAUAUUUCCUUCUGCCUCCGCCGUGUGCAUGAAAAGAAGGGGCGCCAUGCUGACUGACCUCUGUGUGUGUGUGUGUGCAAAAGACAUCGAACCCAUCGCUUUUCUCAUCCACCCUCAGCAACCGCUUUCGCACCUGGAGCGCCUCAUUCAAGCGGAGAUCCCGCCUAUCAAGACGAAGGACGGACAUGCCCGAGCCCCGUCCGUCUCCUUCAUCGCGCUCCAACUAGAGGACAACCCGAUCCGGCCGCGGAAAGCGCUCUACGAGGGCACCGAGGCAGAGGUGCGCAAGUUGGAGGAACUCGGACAGGUCAAAGAGGAGAAGCAGCCCUCGGGCGACGACACGUACACGUACCUGCGACGCAGCGAGCCCGGCGGCGGUAAGAAGUCCAUGGAACAUCGCUUUGUGCGGUGGUCGCAAUCCACCGAGGUGGGCGACUUCAUCCGCGACGCCGCGCGCGCGCGGGAGUUUAUCGUCUCGGUCGAAGGCGCGCCGGCGGGCCAGCACCAGAUCCACGUCGCGGUGCCCUCGUUCAACGAGCGCACGCACUUCCUGCGCAUGCGGCUGCGGAAGAUCUCCGACCGGAUCAAGAACAUCGCGGACAUUAAGCAUGAAUGUGACGCCUUGGCGCACCGCGGGGCGCAGCGCGUAGCCAUGGGCGGGUUCGGCGUGCUGGCGUUCUGGUGGUGCCUUGUGUACAAACUCACCUUCGAGACCGACCUGGGCUGGGAUACGAUGGAGCCCGUCACCUACCUGGUCAGUUUGUCGACCCUGAUGGGUGGCUAUCUGUGGUUCCUCUAUCACAACCGGGAAAUCUCGUACCGGUCGGCCCUCGACUUCACCAUUAAUGCGCGUCAGAAGAAGCUCUACGAAAGGAAAGGGGUGGAUUUGCGGCUGUGGGAAUCGCUGAUCGACGAGGGCAAUUCGCUCCGUAAGGAGAUCAAGUCCAUUGCUGCCGAGUACGACGAGGACUGGGACGAGCUGAAAGACGAGCGCGACCAGCGCGUGACGGAAGCUUUGAAACAGGAGCGCGCGCAGAAGAACGGCUCUCGACAGAAUGACAAUGAUACAGACGAUUAAUUGAUUGGCAUGGUUGGGGGUUCGAAAAAGUCUAUUCUAGGCUAAACCGCCCUCGUCCUUUCGAACCUGAUCGAU